AACAAAAAAAGCUGUGAAAGUAAAUGGGAAACGACGACUGAGGACUCUUCCUUGUUCGUCUUCUUCUUCUUUCAUCCUUCGUUUUUCAUGUUUCUGAUUUUAAAAGCCUCUGGAUUUGGUUUUGGAUUCUUGGGUAUAAAUACCUUUGGUGGGUUGUUGUGAUUUUCAUAGUGAGUUAGUGUUUUGUAAUUUAAUCCUCUCGAUCGGGAUGUUUCUCACUUUCUUCUCUUCUCUUUGAUUCUUCUUUUUUUUUUUUUUACUCAUCGGGUGAGAAAAGGAAGUCUCUUUCAUGUGUUCUCGUGUGUAAUCAACUGUUUUAUUUUGGCUUACAAGCUCUAGUUUGGUUAAAUAAUCGUAGCAAGUAAAAAAACCAGAGAUUGCGAAGAUGCUGGAGGGAGCAAAAUUCAACGUGCUGGCUGUUGGGAAUCAUCAGAACAAUGACAACCACUACUAUGCUUUUACGCAGGAGUUUUAUCAGAAACUUAACGAAGGUUCAAACAUGUCCAUGGAGAGUAUGCAGACGAGUAACGCUGGAGGAUCUGUCUCAAUGUCUGUGGAUAACAGUAGCGUUGGUUCCAGUGAUGCUCUCAUUGGCCACCCUGGCUUGAAGCCCUUGCGCCAUGUUUACUCCCUCUCCGUUGGCCAAAGCGUGUUUCGCCCUGGAAGAGUUACGCAUGCGUUGAAUGAUGAUGCCUUGGCUCAAGCACUGAUGGAUAACAGGUAUCCAACUGAAGGGCUGGCUAACUAUGAAGAGUGGACGAUAGAUCUGAGGAGCCUCAACAUGGGUCCUGCCUUUGCUCAAGGUGCUUUUGGUAAAUUAUACAAAGGGACAUACAACGGGGAGGAUGUAGAGAUGAUACAGCAUAGAGCCUACAAUCAGAAGGUGGAUGUGUAUAGUUUUGGGAUUGUGCUGUGGGAGUUAAUCACAGGACAGUUACCGUUCCAGAACAUGACAGCUGUGCAGGCAGCGUUUGCGGUUGUAAACCGCGGAGUGCGUCCAACAGUUCCAAAUGAUUGUCUUCCGGUGCUGAGUGAUAUCAUGACUCGAUGUUGGGAUGCUAAUCCAGAAGUCCGACCAUGUUUUGUGGAGGUUGUCAAGCUGCUUGAAGCUGCGGAAACUGAGAUAAUGACGACGGCAAGAAAAGCCCGUUUCAGAUGUUGCAUGAGCCAGCCUAUGACGAUCGACUAAAAAAUAAACCCACCCCAAGAAAAUAACAAAGAGAGAAAGAAGAAGAUAUAAGUAAGAAAAGUGCCUUUAGAUAUAAGGUUGUAAGGUUGUAAGGUUGUGUGUCUGUCCUAUGUCAGUGUCCGUGUGUGUUUGUGUAUCUAUAAAAAUCUGAAUGUAUUUUGUUUUCUCAACAUAGGAGAAGUAAGUAACCCCCA